AUAGCCUUGUUAACUUAGUGCUUAAUCUAGUACAAGCUGCCAGCUGAUACUAAAUUGAUCAAUGGGGAGACAGCCGUGCUGUGAUAAGCAGGGGGUGAAGCGAGGGCCAUGGACAGCGGAGGAGGACAAGAAGCUCAUUAGCUUCAUCCUGACACACGGCCAGUGCUGCUGGCGGGCAGUGCCUAAAUUGGCAGGGCUGCUUCGUUGCGGCAAGAGCUGCCGUCUGCGGUGGACUAACUACCUUCGCCCUGACCUCAAGCGUGGCCUACUCAGCACUGCCGAGGAGCAGCUCGUCAUUGACCUCCAUGCCAUGCUCGGAAACAGAUGGUCCAAGAUCGCUGCCAAGUUACCUGGGAGAACAGACAACGAGAUCAAGAACCACUGGAACACGCACAUCAAGAAGAAGCUCGUCAAGAUGGGCAUCGACCCAGCCACGCACCAGCCUCUAGCCAACUCGAAGGAGGCUGCUUCCUCGCAGUCCACUGUUACAGAUGAAUCUGCUAAAACCAGCAACUCCAGAGAGGAGCUGAGCUUGAAGAAUGAUGGUAGCCGUAGGGAGGCUCCACUGUCCACCGAUUCGUCGGAGCAGUCCAGCUGGCCAGAGUCAGGCUCAGGCAGCAACGUCUGUGAUCAAGGCCCUGAACUGCUGGAGAACUGGCUCUCGGAGACUGGCCUGUCGAUGGAUGAGCCAUGGCUGGAUUUUACGAGCAGAAACGACGAGCUUGGCAAUGUCGAGGGGACGUUGCCGUGGGAUGGAACAACCGACUGGCUGCUGGACUACCAAGAUUUUGGCAUGUGCAGCUCGAACUCAGUCGACAAUUCAGUGUUCCAUGCCUCAAACGGAUCGAACUUCUAAAACGUUGGAGAAAGGCUGUCCGAUUAAUAGAAAAAAAAGGAGAAAGACGGGGCUGCAAGCUAGUUCGAGCGCACAGCACAGAGCCCAGUGUAGAAAAUAGAUGCGAUAAUAAUGUUGUGAAAAGAGAUAGGCAUGGGGCCGGGCGCGUAUUUAGAGCCUAGAAUAGUGAUACCUUGCCCUUACCUUAAAAGUAAGGGGUCUGUAUUGGUAGAAGCUGAAGAACUAGACUUCAAAUGUUCGAAUCAUGCAUGGCAUCCUAUGAACAAAGUUAGGGUAUAUGUGACACGCGGGGUCAUGCGCAGCAUGUUGCGCUGAAGUGAGUUCCGACGGAAUAAAAUAGCCUAUUUCUGUGUAA